GUAUGGAAGGGGCAAUAUUUAUAGUAUCAACAUCUUGGAAGCCUGCUGUGGCUGUGAGAACUGAUAAAGCAUUAAAAUCCCAGUGAAAACAUAUCUGGUCCAAUUGGAUCCUCAAAAAAAAAAUCAUUAAAGCAUGUGGAACUGUAAUUAAAAAUUAAAUUAUAGUCUCAACACAGCUCAUCAAGAUGCAGACUUACCAUUUCUACCCCCAUCUGCAGCAGCUUUAGAUCAUUUGCCAAAAGAGUUCAGUGACUUUCAGUGCACGGUGUGUGCUCAUUUGCAUGUUUCUUAGGUGCUGGUUGCAGUGGCAGUAGCAAAAGAGGUAACUACUAAUGACUUUAAAUAAGUUUUAAGCAUUUAAUGGCUGAUACUUGCAGGCAUCUUUGAGUGUGUAUUCUUUUGCCUUGUAGCACUGCACUUUGACUAUGGAAGCAGAGGCUACUGAUGGAUAUAUAACAUGUGACAAUGAGCUUUCGCCCGAAAGGGAGCACUCCAACAUGGCUAUUGACCUCACUUCAAGCACACCCAAUGGGCAGCAUACCUCACCGAGUCACAUGACAAGCACAAAUUCAGUAAAGCUAGAAAUGCAAAGCGAUGAGGAGUCUGACAGGAAGCCCCUAAGCCGUGAAGAUGAGAUCAGGGGUCAUGAUGAAGGAAGCAGCUUGGAAGAACCCCUCUCUGAGAACAACGAGAUGGCGGACAACAGAAAGAUCCAGGAGCUGUCAGGCGAGGGAGGAAUCCGGCUUCCGAAUGGUAAACUGAAAUGUGACGUCUGUGGCAUGGUUUGCAUUGGGCCCAAUGUGCUUAUGGUACAUAAAAGGAGCCACACUGGUGAGCGCCCCUUCCAUUGUAACCAGUGUGGAGCUUCUUUUACGCAGAAGGGGAACCUGCUGAGGCACAUCAAGUUGCACUCUGGGGAAAAACCAUUCAAAUGUCCCUUCUGCAGCUAUGCCUGCCGGAGAAGGGAUGCCCUCACAGGACACCUCAGGACGCACUCUGUGGGUAAGCCUCACAAGUGUAACUACUGCGGCCGGAGCUACAAGCAGCGCAGUUCACUGGAGGAACACAAGGAACGCUGCCACAACUAUCUUCAGAAUGUCAGUAUGGAGGCUGCUGGACAGGUCAUGAGUCACCAUGUACCUCCUAUGGAAGAUGGUAAGGAACAAGAGCCUGGGAUGGACAACAAUAUUUCUCUGGUGCCUUUUGAGAGACCUGCUGUUAUAGAGAAGCUGACAAGCAACAUGGGAAAGCGUAAAAGCUCCACCCCACAGAAGUUUGUGGGUGAAAAGAUCAUGAGAUUUGGCUAUCCAGAUAUUCACUUUGAUAUGAACUUAACCUAUGAGAAAGAGGCUGAACUGAUGCAGUCUCACAUGAUGGACCAAGCCAUCAACAAUGCAAUCAACUACCUUGGAGCUGACGCACUUCACCCCCUGAUGCACCAUACACCAAGCACAAUUGCAGAGGUGGCCCCAGUCAUCAGCUCAGCUUAUGCUCAGGUCUAUCAUCCUAACAGGAUAGAAAGGCCCAUUAGCAGGGAAACAGCUGACAGUCAUGAAAACAACAUGGAUGGCCCUAUCUCCCUCAUCAGACCAAAGAGUCGACCCCAGGAAAGAGAGGCCUCCCCCAGCAAUAGUUGCCUGGAUUCUACUGACUCUGAGAGCAGCCAUGAAGACCGCCAGUCCUACCAAGGAAACCCUGCCUUAAAUCCCAAGAGGAAGCAAAGCCCAGCUUACAUGAAGGAGGACACCAAGGCUUUGGAUGCCACAAAGGCUUCUAAGGGCUCUUUAAAGGAUAUCUAUAAGGUCUUCAAUGGAGAAGGGGAGCAGAUUAGGGCCUUUAAAUGUGAGCACUGUCGAGUUCUUUUCCUAGACCACGUCAUGUACACCAUCCACAUGGGUUGUCAUGGCUACCGGGACCCAUUAGAAUGCAACAUUUGUGGGUAUCGAAGCCAGGACCGCUAUGAGUUCUCAUCGCACAUUGUUCGAGGGGAGCACACAUUCCACUAGGCCUUCUCAUCCAAAGGGGACUCUUAUGAAGUAGAAGAACUGCACAUGAAGAAGUACUGCACUUACAAUCCCACUUUUCAUUGACCCACCUUUUUGUUGUUGUUGUUGUUGUUGUUGUUUUGUUGCUGUUUAAUUAUUAUUAUUAACCUUAUUGUAUGGACCCAACCUCAGUGUCUCUGCCCAGUUUAAGAAUGGAAGGAAGGAAGGGAAGGGAUGAGAGAGUUUUGUGUUGUUGCUGUCAUUCUGUUUUGGUGAUCUGUCUUGCAUAUUUUGUGGGAAUUGAAAGGCAGUCCAUUUCUGUCACAGUUAGCUGUAAAUCAUGUCAUAUGUUGGAUAUCGCUCAACUCUGGUAGGUGCUUUAAAGUCCUAAUGAGUUACCACCCAACUGUAGAUUAAUAAUUUCAGGCAAAUAGGUAGCAACAUUUCAGAGGAAAGCCCUUUCAAAUGUAUAGCUAUGGUGGGGAAGAUGGGGGGAGUGGGCAAUUGUAUUCUACAGAAUGAACAAUUAUUUUUAAAGCAAAACUUUUAUUUUAGGGAUUUAGGAGCACGAAUCAAAGUCAAUAUUCCUUGCAAAAUUACUUCGGUGGGUGAGCUAUGUCCAUGGCUUCUGUGUUUACUUCCCCUGUGGAAUGUAUACAAUAUAUAUGUGUAACACUGUACCACAUAACAAGAGUUUAGUUUCAUAAGUCUUGGGACCUCCUGUGGUAAGUUUGAGGUUCUGUGAUGUUAUUUUACUUAACUUAUGAAGCACGUUUUUAGAAUUGCUGAUUUGCUAUUAUUCCAUCAUUGUGUUGACUCACUGGCUUCUUAUAGACCUCCUAGUAUCCAUACCUAGUUAGUUGCACCAUGUGUUUUUAAGAAACAGCAUUUUCAAAUAACACUUUUUUACCUAGCUUCUAGGGCAGUAGAUAUCCUAGGAGUGAAUACAAAUUCUGCAGUUUACUCAAGAGGUUCUGCUGCUGUGAGCUCCAUUGACUUCAAUGGAAUACUCUGAGCUACACCAGCUUAGGAUCUGGCCCUAGCUAGCCACCUCUCCAAUGAAUCCUUUGCUUUGUGAUUUGUUGAAUCAGUGACUACCUAGUAUCCUUAAUUCCUCUUUAUUUUUUGGAUAGAGGCCCUUGCAGAUUUUGAUGCACACCCUCUGCUCUAGGAGAGUGUGAAAGCCAUGUGGAAAAACAGUUGCUAAUUUGAUUUGAUAUCACUUCGCGUUUUAGGAAAAUGGGUACAUGAGCUAGAGGCACUAAGGUUAGUUUGAUUUAGUAUUAUUGACACUUACUAAUUCACUGCAGGGGAAAAAAAAGCUGGCGUGAUCAGGCCAUUUAGGUACAGACCAAACAAGAACAAUACAACUCUCUUUCUUUCCUUUUCUUUUUCUGACAAUGCAAGACAGAAGCCCCUGACCAAAUCCUAUAGGUUGAGUUGAUUGCUCUACAAAAAGUAAGCUUAAACCCAACAUGAAACUCAACUCUUUUUAUAUCAAUCAUUAUUGAAAUUGAACUGCAAAAAUAGAGCUUUAACCUGGAAACAUUUGCACAAGUGCGUAGCCUUUUUCCUCAUGGGUACCUUCGUUGAGUUCAAUGAGAACUUUUCACAUGAGUAAAGUUACUUAAAUGCAUACGCAAUUGCAGGAUGAGGCCAUAAUGAAUCCCCAUUUGCUCAUUUCAGUCUGUUUUUCUUAUCUUGCCAGACCUGCAGCAUUAGAAAGUAGGAGCUGAGUGGUAUUGAUUGAAAUCUUUUUAUGGCGACACACUUGGCAGUUAGAACCUGUGUUUAGAAAGGAUACAGUAGAUCAUGGCCAGAUUACCUGAUGACUGUUUCCCGGCACUGAAAUGCUAUUAAGUAGGAGCUGGUAAAGUUUAGCAGUAGCCUAUUAAUUAUAAUACAGUAUAGAUAGAAAUGUUCCCUUAUGUAAUGUGAGAGCUAUCAAGGAUGGGAAAGAAUGGACUUUGAAGAGACGGAUACAAAGAGCUGGUUCCAACAUUGUCCUUGACAUCUUUUUUUUUCUUUUGCCCUUAUUAAUUUUGAUACAAUAAAGCUCAGGCAAGACUAGCUGCCCCUAUUGCUCUCAUUCUCUUGUGCCUGGCACAAUCAGAGUAGCUAAUAUCCUGCUCGUGACCACUGAACUCUUUCUUUGACUCCAAGGUUAGUUUUUAAAGGGCAUACAUUCUCCUCUAUUAAUGGGAAAAGAGGAGAACUGCAAUCGGCCAGGGGAUGUGGAAUAGGAUAGUAGUUCCUCCUCUGCCCCACCUUUGCUCUGUAGGGUUGAUUCUCUGUGGCUGUUGAGGUUGUGCGCUAGGAACAGGACUGAGAGAUGGCUGUAUUCUGUGACAUCUUCCCCAUGAAAACCCAUGGGGAUUACCUUGCUGGAGAUGGCAAUGAUCAAGUUAGUAUUGUGUCCUCCGGGUUCCCCCUUCACACUCUGAAAACCCCACUGUCUGGGCUGGGGGUGCAGGGGCACGGUUUGGGCACAACCACAAUGGCAUAACUCCAGAAGCAGCCAUGUUCCCAUUGUGGAGAGGGAGGAACAGGAAGCAGUACAUUGACAAAGGUAUUAUAUGUGGUUGUCCCCACCCUUUGCCCAUAACCUAAGAUCCAUGUGAUUUCUCUCAUGACGUGACCUGUCCCUUGCCUCCUUUGUAGAAGGCAAACCCUAUCCCCAAUGUGACAAUUGGGAUGUUCCCUGAAUGGUUUCCUGGCCCCAUGUGGAUUUUCCCUACAUUUUUCUCCUCUCUUUUAAAAGGUAAUCAUGAAUUCUGCCCAACCAUGACAGCUGCUUGAAGAACAAUCUGUAAAAUAAAAAGUUCUUGAAGUCGCUAACCCCGUGCUGGGGGCAGUGUGGAACAUGGAAAAGCAUUGAGAAAUGGCCUGCCUGAGCUGGCAAGAAUGGAGGAUGUCAAGCCCAUUGCUGCACCUCUAAGGGAGUGCACACUGUGGUCGCUUCUGUAGCCAGGGUGACGGUGGGCCCCUUGGGAUGGCUAGCACAAGAGCAUAGGAGUGUAAGGAAGGGAAAGGAGUGGGAACAUCCCAUUGUGUAUGCACCCAGGAACUGGCCAUAAUCUGACAGAGCGUGAGCUAGUACACUUCUUAAUUGAUGAUGCAUUCUCCACAGCCCAGUGUGUCUCUUGUCCCUUUCAAUGACCUUAACCCUUUUUUUCCUCUUUGCAGUCAAUGCAGUUUAUAGGGUGCUAUUCAAGAAUCACUUGUCAAGUCAGUGCAGCUCUGUGAGAUCAACCCUGAGUGCUGCCAUUUUAGAAGCUGUCACAGGGAGAAGUGCAUAUUGGCAGGAACGCCCCGUGACAUAGCACUAGCCCCUAAUACCACAGAGACGCACCAGAGAACAUCUUUGUCAUACUGGAGUUGUGCAGGAGUGUCAGAGGGACAGCAUAAUUUUAGUCAUCACCUUUUGAUAGUUGCAAUUCCUGUCUAGACCAAAACCGCGGGGGGGGGGGGACAUUAACGUAUUGUCAUUUUUUCUUAAAACUCACUAUUGUUUUUCAUCUCUUCAGGGUGCUUUUAGGGGGAAUGAUUUAAAUUCAGUUCAAGUUUUGAGUAAAGGUUUGGGCUAAAUCUUAUUUUAGCAUAAUCAGCAAAUGCAUGUCUAUGGGGGAUUACAGUGAAGAGAGUAGUACGCAGUCAAUAACAUAGGCUCCAGUUCUGCAAGCUCGCAUACCAAGGACGACUCAAUGGAGAUUGCAGUGGGGUUCCAUACGGACUUACAGGUCUGUCCACAAAUCUGAGCCUGCAGGAUUGGGACCUCAGAUGAUGAUUUUUUCUCUUUUGCUGUUAGCAGAUUUCUAAGAGCAGCUAUUGACUUCAUCAAAUUCAAUGGUUAUUCAAAAUUAUUUACUAAGAAAUUUCAGCAGAUAAGUCUUCGUCUGGGGAUUGUCCACUCACAGAGCAGUUGGCUCCAAGUAUUUGCUAUUGAUCACUAGCUAUUUGUUCAAAGUAUGUGCUAAAAGCUGGCUAGUUUUGCGUAGACACGCAUAAGUCUUUUGACUCAAAACUCGAUUCCAAUACUUGUGUUUAAAAAUUCAGAAUUUGCUUUCUGUGAGCAUUUCCCAUAUUUGGUUACAAGUAGAUUUUUUCCUCAAAUGUCCCUGCCAAUAAACUCUUUACCUAGAUUUGUAAGGGGGAAAAGAGCCAGAUUCAGACUCGGUCUAAACAGGUGCAAGUUCUGGUUUUGAUAUGACCCAGGGCUGGGUACACAGAGCUUUCGUUACGUUUCUGUCCAUCAUUGUGGCUAAUGAGUUUUAUAGCCAAAGCUCUUUUAACUGAUUUAGGAAUCCACAACUAAAUAUAUAGGAUUUUUGUAUAAAACCAGCUCUUUACCAUGUACUUAAGGAGAUUAAAGCAAUUGCAUUCUCCUUAAAAAGUGCUUCCAUCGAUGAAAGAUGUCUCAGCAUUAACCUAUAUUGGGCUCUACUUAGAGAACCUGUUUUUGUAAAUCAUCCUGACUCUUACCUGCAGUAUUAGCCUCUCUAACUUUAGGGCACCAGUCACAAAGUUCAUACACCACCAAGUACAGAAAUUCAACAUUUGUCUAACUCUCCAAAUUGCUGUUUUAAACUUGUGCUUUGCUGGAUAGGGGCCAGAAUGCGCACUGCUUUGCAGGAUCCAGUCUGAAUUAAAUUCAGUCCUUUGAAAUUGGGCUUUUAUAGGACUUAAGGUGCUGGCCUUCUGCACUUUUCUUACGGAUGCACAGGGGAAAAAAGAGUCCACAAAAGAACAAACUGCUUCUAACUCCAAAAAGUGAUUUAUUCCAGUUGUACCUACCAGAAGAUUUGAAAGCUGAACUUUAAGGGCCUGAGUAGCAAUUAUAAGGUUCCAUAGUUGGUUAACUUCCUUUUACCUCACUACUUCAAAGCAACUAUUUCUUUUAAUUUCAUUAAGAUAUGCGGGAAGAAGAAGGAUAAUAUUUGUUAACAGAGUAGCCAACAUUGCAGACUCUUGCAAAAGUGAGAUGAAACUGGCUCUGUUUUAGUUGGCUUUUAUCUUUAGUUUUAUAUAGUCUUAUUUUUUUUUUUUAAAAAAGUUAACAUCAGUGAUGAUAUGCCGCAUAAAGCAUCUGGAGAUUUAUGAUUCUGAAAUAGUAUAUACACUGUAUCAUGUCAUUCAAAUAAGUUUUAUUGUAUACGUGCCUUUUUCAAAUGCAUUUUGAAAGCUGCUGUUUCAUAUCAUAGCCUUUCACAAUGCAUUUAAAAGAAACACUAAUGUUACAGAGUGGGACAGAGGAAGCUGGGGUUUCCCCUUGAGUAGGAAAAUCCCUGAGUGGUGUAGCUGGCUCUACACUAGCUGGUCUUGGGAAAGGGAAGGGGUGUGGAAAUGUCCAGGGCACAGUGUGCUCCAGCAAUCCCCAGCUGGCAGGCAGCACCUUUUGGGCCAUGGAUAAUGGCCAUAGUUUAGAAACAGUUUCUGACGCUGCUCUAAACAAUGCCAGGGACUGAAAAAGCUCCCGCCUGCCCCCUGAACUUAAGGGGUUUGGGGCAGAAAGUUGGUGUAAUACCACCUUUCUCCUUUCUCUGCACCCCAUUGCACCAGGGCUGCAAACUUGAGAAUCUAACCCUCUGUGUAUUUCAGUGCUAUAUUGCACAGCAUCAAACAGCAUGAUGGAAUGAGAAUAUACUUUAAAGUAGUGUAUCAUUGCAAAAGUUUGCUUAGCUUAAAAAAAAAUACAAAAAAAAAGGAGGGUGGAAGCUUGAGGACUACGGUACCACUGCUAUGCCGAUUGUUCAGAUAGGAUAAGAGAGUAAAACAAAACUCAUCUGUGAAAGGCAUUAGGGAAUGUGAUUUGUUUCUCAAGCCAGGCGGAGCUGUGUUUCAUAUUCGGGGUUGUAUUAGCAGAAUACUUUGGUGAAAAAUUCAGUAUUUUUUUGGUACUUGCCGUAUGGGACCGGUGACCUAGUUUUUGACCCAUUCCUGACACUUUCCCAACAGUUUACCCUGCAUUGCUAUAGGGUUGGAUUCUAGUCCCAGCACACAGCCUGAAUAACUGAAGUGUACCACAGAGGUCAGUAGGUCAGCAGUCCUUCCAUCAGACCAUAGGGCUUUCCAUAGCUGCGAUGGUAGCCUCAAGGAUCUGCAGCACCCACGUACAUCCCUCCCCCUCCGCCCCCCCCAAAGGGCUGGCAGUUCCCAUUGGAAACAUGUAGAAACUGAUCUGCUGAUCUACCCUGGCUCUGCCCCAAUUUCUCUGUGUGCUGGGACAUAAGCAGGCCCCACACAGAAUAAACACAGAUGUUCCCCUGUGGUCAGGACCCUCCAUGCUCACAGUGGCUGGGUGGGAAAUAAAUAAAAGAUUUUGCCCCAUAUAGCAAAUAUUUGACCUCUCCUGGAAUGUAAAGUUAGAGCCCUUACAUCCCAUCAGGAACUUUCCUGUAGUACUGUAUAAAAAGAAUAUCACUUGGUGUCGUCUGAGCUUCAUGCAGAACUUACAUGAUGUAUUCCUGGGAGGAUAUGAUUUAUUUUCCAAUAUUAAUCACUUAGACUAUGAAACGAGCACAAUAGGCUCAUGAGGUGGUAAUAUGCUAACUUUCCUCCACUCCAGGUUAUGAAUACUAGGCCAGUGUAACAAUAAAAUUAUACCUCUAUAAAUGGCUAAAUUGCUAAACCUUUCACUUGGUAUUCAUGGAAACGUGUGCUCCUGCCUCCGACAAUUCACUCGCAGUCUUACGAGGGUGGAGAGAAGUAAUCUCACACAGGCAUUCCAUUUGGGAAUAAAUUCAUCACCCUCUAUCCUUAUAUGGGAUCUUUUCCCUUUCAUACAUACCGUAGAACCUAGCUAAUCUGCAUACAAAAAGACUCUCUCUCUCUCUCUCCCUCCCUCAACAAAAAUGUAACAGUAGGUUGCUGCAGUGAAGUCUAUCAUUACUCAAGCCUUCAAUAUUUUUACAAAAAAAUACUAUGCUAUAUUUACUAGCACGUUCUGAAAUAUUAUGAAGUCCAAGUGAAUGACAGAUGUCAAGUUAAAUGCUCAAAGCAUGUUCUGAGGUGCUUUGGCUUUUUUUUUUUUUUUUUAAUAUCGCUCACUUAGGGCCUAAUCCAAAGCUCAUUGAGUAUGUCUACAUUGCAAUGAAAGCCCAGGGUUAGUAGAACUCGAGUUAGCAGACUCUGGGUUUGUUAACCUGGUGCUUGAGUGUCUACAAGCAUUUGUAACACCAAGUUAGAAAUGGGGCUCCAGAAUCUACAUUGCAUUAUGCAGCCUCGUGUCCAACCACCGAUAUUCCAUACUGGAGGCAUCCUCCCAAAAUGUGGCUGCUGUACCACUUUGUUCAAGGUGCAGUGUGGAAAAACUUGACUUUCUACCAGACUUGACUGGCCAAAGGACAAAGAAAGUUGGCCUAUGGGAUCGUGGAAUGUUUUGGCAUACUCUCAGAGCAUGAGUCCAAUGGAGCUGCAUCUACAUUACAAGGCAAUAGGGCUUGAAGCCUGUUGAUUCAGGCUUGGACCCUCCACUGCCACAGGCUUCUAGGACCCUGAGUUUCAGCCCAGGGUUAGCACAGUUGGUAUGUAGAUAGGAGUGUGGGGUAGGCUUGAGCCUGAGUUCAAACCCUGAGUUCACACUGCAUUGUGGAUAUACCCAUUGAAGACAAUUGAAAGGACUCCUUCUGACUCCAGUGAGCUUUGGAUGAAGCCCAUAUGCCUUAGUCCAACAAAACAUUUCAUCACAUGCUUAACUUUAAGCACCUGAGCAGUCCCACUCAAGUCAAUAGCCCUACUUGUUAAGGACUAAAGUUAAGCAUGUGCUUAAUUUCUUUUAUUGGAUGAGAGUUAUUUGCUAACUUGUAAAGUUCAAUCUCUUUGGGUCUCAGUCACUAGUACAAAUUAGUGAGGUUCUACGGUAAAUAUGUAUUCAUUUAAAUUUGUGUCCUAGACUUCACCCCAUCCAUGAAUGACUAGUAGGCGGUACUUUUCAUUGUGAAUCAAAUGUAAAAUAUGUAGGCCCACUGCAAAAGCCGAAUCGAGAGCAUGACUCCAUAGUGGGAACUAAGGAGCAGGGAAUUGGGCCAUUUAGUUUUUACCUCAAGUGACAUAGAGUAAGAAAAGCUUUGUGAAGAGGCAGAGAUUACUGAAUCCCCUACUAUGCACUUACUGAGAUUUGACAUUACUUACUGGAAAUGGAUGUUCAUUUCUGAACAUACUGUAACAAGGGAAGGACUUUGGGUUAUUUUUGUAGUAGUUCAAACUUCUGAAACUGUGAUCAAUUAUUUGACUAAUUGUCAAGCAUUCUCUGAGCUUGAACAUCUUCACUUCCUGUUUCAUGUAGCAAAGUUUUCUUUAUUGCUUUCUCUUCCCCUCCUCCUUCUCUUAGCUUAAAGACUGGGCCAGCUCUUAUCUCCCAUAGCUUUGGCCCAUCUAGUUUAUUAUUAUUUUUUCUGUUUGUUCAUUGGCUGUACAGGCUGUUUACAUAUUUUUGUACUCAAGGGUAGUUUUAUAUUAAAAACGGGAAAAAUAUUUGAUUUGAGAAAAAAAUAUUAAGGUACAUAAUCUUUGUAACACUGUCAAAACUAGGGUACCUAAAGAGAUGACUCCACACCUAUGUACUUGUAAUACUGUAUAUUUGCCUUCCUUUUUAGUCAUUUUUAUUUUCGGGUUGUAAUUUUUUCCCCUAAAAUGUAUAUCUUUUUUAUGUGAGACUGGAAACUUUUAAUGCAAAUGUUUGGAAAGAUUUAAAAUUGUAAAGUAAAAGUCAUAUAACUUUUUUUUUUCCUUUUGGAAAAAAAUGCUUUAAAAGAAGUUUUGCUACUGUUGUAUUCCAGGGUUGAGGUCACUGACCACAAAAUUGCUCUUGAUGCUUCAUUCUUAGACCUUGCUUUCAGAACGUGCUUCCUGCAAACAUGGAAGAUUGCUUAUAUUACUCAGUUUAAAAAAAAAAAAAAAGACAAACAAAAACUUUUGGUUAUUUUUCUGUUCAAGUGCAAUAUUUUCCUGACGUCUUAAAAAUGUACAGUAGUUUCUUUUUCUUAGUCAACUCAAAUUAAAAAAACCAAAAUUCUCUAUCUUAAAUCCCUUAAAGGAUAAGAUUCAAAUAUUUACAUACAUUAAAAUUGCAAAGCAGACUGACAAAAGGUGAGAAACCAAAAGCUAAGGCUAAAACCCAUUUUUUAUUCCCUGCUUUUGUUUGACAUCAAAACAUAUACAAUGGUUUGAACUAAGGACAGACAUUUUAUUGCCUCUAUUUCUCUUGUUCCUUUUUAAAUACAGUUUUUCUUAAGAAAAGCACUUAACAUGGACAUUUAUAAAACACGUGGGUCCUGAUCCCAAGCCUACUCAAUAGAAAGACUCCUAUUGACUUUCAUGAUGGGCUUUGGAUCAGACCCUAACCUCUUAGCUAAGGCAAAACUCCCAUUGAUUCCAGUGAGAAUUUUGCCUCUAUAAGAAGUGCAGGACUUGAAACCAGAAGAGCUUCUUUAGAGCGGAUGUUGUCUUAUAUAAGUGUAGAUUGGGCUUGUUUUACAUAUCAUACAUAUUUAUAUCUAAUUUUUAAAUGUCUAUUUCCCAGUAGACUGAAGCCGCUGUUGUGUAAAUAUGUAUUUAGGUAUUAAAUAAAAAAUCCCUCUGAGAGUUCUUGGACAGGCAGUUAUGGCGCAUGCACAGGAGCCACUUCUGUCUUUUCCAUUUGUAUUUAAGAUGUUUCCUUAUAAUAAUAGCAAGGGCAAUCGGAGUUUAUCAUGCUCCAACCGAUUGUCAAAAUUAUUUCCAAGACGCUUUUGAAUUAAAAGAAGCAAAACGCGUUCAACCUUGUGAGCUCCACAGGUUAUUUUUCAUGCUCGUAGGGCCAGAUUCUGAUACCCAAGGCAUUUUGAAUAGCCCCUUACUCCACAAAGGGUCUUGUUAAAGUCAAUGGGAUCAUUCUCGGAGCACGAAGCUGCUGAGCAUGAGGAGGAGUGUCAGAAUCUGACCCUGAAGCUUGGUACAUAUGAAUGCACCUUUAAUCACUUCUGUGGAGUUCUACCCUGCUUACCCUAGGGCUGAAUUUGACAUCUGUCAUUUAGGAAGAGGCAAACCAAUUGAGCAGUAUGGCAAACAGCUUUCCUCCAGGUUGAGUUCCAAUUCUGUGCAGAAGUUUAAGCUCGUUUAAACAUCAGGGUUGAGACCUGAUUGAAAGUCAUUGCGAAUCUUCCUGCUGCCUUCAGUGGACUUGGGAAUAUGCCCUUAUGACAGAAGUUCUGAAACAACCCUUACAACAGUGGUACCCGUGAGCCACUCUAAUGCAAAUUUAUACACCCCUGCUAAACAGUUUUGCCACUGCAGACUGAAAUAUGGGACUUGUAUUUUCUUUUCCUUCCCUUUAGUGUAUGUGCAUAAUAUGGUUCCAUCAUACCUGUGUGUGUGUGUGUGUACUGUGUACGUGAGUGAGUGUUGUACAGCAAUGUGAGAGUGCGAGUCUGUAUGUGUGUAUAAAUACAAGAAGAAGCUGCAGAAACUUUGUAAUACUUUGUGAAAAGAAUUAUAUUAUAAAGGUUUGUACUGUCUGAGUGCACAGCUACUGGAAUAAACGUAGGGAAUCUCAGGAACAAGCACAUAAUUUGUCCAAGACUUAUUUCUUCUCAGAAGUGUAAGUGCAGUUUUUAAUUCUGUAUAUUAUUUAAUAUUUUACCAAUAAAAAUAAACUUCUGACAUGAAA